UUCCACAUAUAAUUAUUACUUUUUUAUUCUAAAUAAUCACAAAAUAGCUUCGGAUACAUACAACAAUAACAAUAAAUAAAAUAAUAUACAUAUAAUAAACACAAAAAUUGUGCAGUCAAACGUGGAGGAGAAUUCAAAAUGAAAAAAAUACAAAAAUAUUCAGUUAAAAAUCAAACGUUGAAACACGAACACGAACAGCAAACGGUAUUGAAAAAGAAAUUUUGUGUGAGAAUAGAAUCUAUUCUUUUGUUUUAAACUAAAAAAACCAUGAAAGGAUUAAAAAUAUUGUUUAUGGUGAUAUUGGUUGUAAAGGCCAUUAAAACGGAAACGGAAGCUGAGUUACAAGAUGAAGAGAAGGAUCAAGGUUCUUUGGCACAAUCACAGCAAUCCCAGGAAAAUGAAGAUCAGCAAAGUGUCAGUGUUGAAGAUGGAAAUGAAGAUAAUGCGGAUGAUAAGGCAGGACGCAAUUUGACAGCCAUACAAUUGUAUACCGAUGAUGAGAGAUGUAAUGAUAUAGGCGUGUGUUCUGGAAUGGAUUAUGGUGAUAAAAGUGUGGUGGUAACAUUUGACCGCAAAUCACAGAUACGUUUCACCUCUGAGAACACCUAUAAAAUCAAGGAAGCCAAUUAUUUCACUUUGACUUUUGUCAACUCCAAAUUUGCCAAUUUCCCUUUAAAUCUCUUCUAUGCCUUCAAGGUGCAGGAGCUGGAUUUUAGGAACUGCUCGUUGGAAACCUUGAAAUGGGAUAAUUUCCUUAAGGCAGACAAUUUAAGCAUACUGCUGUUGUCCGAGAAUCUAUUGACCGAAAUCAAACCCAUGCUAUUCUCUUAUGUCGACAAUUUAUCGUUUCUCUUUUUGGAUAGCAAUCGCCUAAGCAUGUUGUACAAUGAUAGUUUCAAGGGUUUGGGCAAGCUAAACUUUUUGGAUUUACACAACAAUCUUAUAGAGACUCUGCCCUCGCAAAUCUUCAGCUAUAUGCCGGGCAUACAACAAAUAAAUUUGGCUGGAAAUCGCCUGAAGAUUAUACAAGAUGCUUUAUUUGCUGAAAAUCCUCGACUGUUUAGCCUGCAUCUGCAGCAAAAUGAAUUAACUGAGAUACAGGAGUAUGCCUUUCAAGAGCAGAAUAUCUUAAAAUAUUUGGAUGUUUCCCAUAAUACGGAUUUGGAAACUUUGGUGUGUGGCAAUGUGAAAGUGGAGAAUUUAUGGGCCAAAAACUGUUCUCUUUAUCGGGUCAAUAUCUAUGGCGAGGCGGUGCAUGUGGAUUUGCAACAAAAUAAUCUCAAAGAAUUGUAUUUUAGUCAGCCGGAAUAUUUGGAAACGUUGCGCUUGAAAGACAAUGAAUUAGAGCAAAUCUCCUCUUUGGCUCUCACCACCAACUUGAGAACUUUCGAUGUCUCCAAUAAUCCCGGACUUAAAACUUUACCCGAUUUAUGGCAAAUUAACUCUUUGGAGAGACUGGAUCUUAGCAAUACCUCUCUCAAAGAAAUACCCAUUACGGUAUUGGCUUCUCCCCAUAAAUUGCGUUCCUUAAAUGUCUCCUUUAAUCAGCUGCAGGAAAUUAAUCCUUUAAAUUUCAAAUAUUUCGAAAAAUUAUCACAAUUUUAUAUACAUGAAAACAACUGGAACUGUUACAAUCUACAAAUGCUCAUGGACAUGGUGAUAAAACCCCUGAGAAUCUCCUAUACUCACGAUGAAUAUGACAGCAAUUUUCCUGGAGAAUAUAUACAGGGCAUUAAGUGUAUGUAUCGUUUGGAACCAUUAGAUGAUGAAUAUUAUGUGGAUUCUUUAAGUUCCCAGCAGUUGUUGGAGAAUAACGCCCAAGAGGUUUCCAAUAUCUCACCCUCCAAUAUACAGGAGUACAAUCAAUUGAAUUUUGAACAUGCCAAGGAAAUGGAGAAAUUGAGACGUGAAUUUAAGACUAUCUUUGGUAUCUAUGAGCAAAAGUUUGCCCUGGUAAUGGAAAAACUUAAUGACAUUGAUAUGCGUUUGAAGUCCUUUGAACGUUUUAACAAGACCUUGUGGCAGCAGGUUUCCAUUGUGGUUUGAUAAAGGAUAAACAGUUGUUAUCACAUCAAAAUCAAAUUUAUGUUAAUUAACAGUAUUGUAAUGUAUAUUUGUAUUUAAUCUCGCUAUAUAUCUUUGAUAAUAAAUUUAAAUAUUUUAGUACUUAAAGAAAGCAAAAUGUAGUAAAAA